GAUGAACCUUGUGCCUCCGCGCCGACCAUCUCGGCCUAACACGCAUGGAGAUUAGGCGUCCUAGUUCCGAGAGCGGAGAAUGCAAGGCCCGAAAAAGGCUAUGGCCCAGGGUAGCAUCUCUUGGGCCUCUUGUUAUGCGGCGUGAUCGCAUUCAACGCAAUGCUUACGAUACUCCACCAGUCGUGCAUGCAAGGGGCGUCUCGAGCAGAAGAGAGCGCUUUUCACGGAGUCAGCUGCGUGCUGGCAGUGCCUUAGUACAUAGUACGCAUGCCCGUACGCCUCUCCGACAGCUCACUCUACGCCACGACGCCGCCGCCGCGGGAGUUUGGCGUACGGAGGACGGAGGACGGAGCCUUGUCCUGAAAGGUGACGUGCUUGGCCUGCGACACUUGGCCGAUGUGGGGGAAUCGAAGUGUACUGCCAUUCGCGGGCGUUACGGUAUCUUCUCCCUCAGCGUGCGAGUCACAUUUGCGAGGUGGAUUGAAUUUCGUCUUCCACCAAUUGCCGGUUCCCCGGAUAAAUGGUUGCUAAGCACCAAGGCUGCAGAGCAUAACGCCGCUGGUAUUACUGGAUCAGGGCUACUGUAAGGGCCAAACGUCGUACCGCAGGCGGCCAUUGCAUCGACAGUCCAAGACCGCCAAGUGUGUCUUGGAGAGCGGCGCAUCCCAUUCCAUAGCGCAGCGUGCAUAUCAAGGAUUUG